AUGAUGGUUUCAAUUGGACAUCUGAUAAACUUAUGGAUCUUACUUCCAUUGCUGGUUUCUGCUUAUAAUACGGUUACUUAUACCGGCUUUUGGACUGGUUCAACGAUCAGUUAUACUACAAAUAUUGUUGUUCUUGAUGGUGGGGUUACAGAUGGAGUAAUUGUAGAUGAGUUUUUACCUUAUUCUACGGCCAAUGAAGUCAUCACAUGGACUGGUGAUAGUACAAGUUACACUACUGAGUAUGAUCCAAUUGAUGGUACAGCGACUGUGGUAGAAUAUGUGCCUUAUCCAAAGCUAUAUGUGACUGAUACCUGUACUGGUGAUACUACAAGUUACACUACCGAAUAUGAUCCAAUUGAUGGUACAGCGACUGUGGUAGAAUAUGUGCCUUAUCCAAAGCUAUAUGUGACUGAUACCUGGACUGGUGAUACUACAAGUUACACUACUGAGUAUGAUCCAAUUGAUGGUACAGCGACUGUGGUAGAAUAUGUGCCUUAUCCAAAGCUAUAUGUGACUGAUACCUGGACUGGUGAUACUACAAGUUACACUACUGAGUAUGAUCCAAUUGAUGGUACAGCGACUGUGGUAGAAUAUGUGCCUUAUCCAAAGCUAUAUGUGACUGAUACCUGUACUGGUGAUACUACAAGUUACACUACCGAAUAUGAUCCAAUUGAUGGUACAGCGACUGUGGUAGAAUAUGUGCCUUAUCCAAAGCUAUAUGUGACUGAUACCUGGACUGGUGAUACUACAAGUUACACUACUGAGUAUGAUCCAAUUGAUGGUACAGCGACUGUGGUAGAAUAUGUGCCUUAUCCAAAGCUAUAUGUGACUGAUACCUGGACUGGUGAUACUACAAGUUACACUACUGAGUAUGAUCCAAUUGAUGGUACAGCGACUGUGGUAGAAUAUGUGCCUUAUCCAAAGCUAUAUGUGACUGAUACCUGGACUGGUGAUACUACAAGUUACACUACUGAGUAUGAUCCAAUUGAUGGUACAGCGACUGUGGUAGAAUAUGUGCCUUAUCCAAAGCUAUAUGUGACUGAUACCUGGACUGGUGAUACUACAAGUUACACUACUGAGUAUGAUCCAAUUGAUGGUACAGCGACUGUGGUAGAAUAUGUGCCUUAUCCAAAGCUAUAUGUGACUGAUACCUGGACUGGUGAUACUACAAGUUACACUACUGAGUAUGAUCCAAUUGAUGGUACAGCGACUGUGGUAGAAUAUGUCCCUUACUCUUCAGAUGAUGACAGAACAAGUUACUCGACAAGUACAACCGACAUUGACGUGACUAAUGUCGGUAUUAAAAAGAGAAAAGUUGGUAGUGACACUCAAACUUCCUUUCCUGAUCCAUCCGGUAAGAGUUUUGUUGCGUAUGAAGCAAAAGCAAAUGCUUUGCUUAUACCAUCGACUUUCAUUAUUGAAGUUCUGUUGGUUAUUUCUGCUUUCUUUUUGGUGGCAACAUGCUUCUAAGAUUGGUGUUACACCUAUUUGGUAUUUCUCUGGAUUACCUCUCCAAUUCUUUUAUAUUUUUGGUUUAAUUUCAUUACCUUGAGCUUAAUAUUCUUAAGUUUAAAGUAUGUUUAUGUUUUAAUAUAUACUAGAAAAACUAUUAUGUUUUACAAUUGGUUAAACUAUAGGAUUGUACUAAACAUAAACACUUUCAUCUAUUCUUUCCAACAUUAAUGCCUCUGUAUUAUAGUAAACCAAGCUAAAAGAUUGUAUUAUAACCAAGUAAGGCAAUUAGUUUAGAUUUCUUCUUUUUAAGACAAAAACUCUAGCUUUUAGGGAUAACUUGAUUUAUUUUUGACAUAUAGAAGCUUUACAUAAUCAGGCU